AUGAAUCCUUCCAAUCCUUCCCACAUUGUAAUCAUGUUUGUGGAUUAUAUGCAUGAUGAUAUGGAUGAAGAACUUGUGAGGUUGUUUAUGAAAGAAGAAGCCUCGAGCUCUAAAAGGCCUAGACGUCAAAGAAGGAAUAUAGAGAGAAAUCGUGAAGAGGGACAUGAUCGAUUGUUCAAUGAUUAUUUUUCUGAAACUCCGGUAUACAUGAAUGAACAAUUUCAGCGAAGGUACCAAAUGCAGAAACAUGUGAUCCUUUGUACCGUUGAAGCUCUAGGUCAACACGAUGAGUAUUUUCGAAUGAUGGUUGAUGCGUCUGAUAGGUCAAGUCUUUCACCAUUAUAG